GCCCCAGGUCAGACCAAGAAGAACCAUAUAAUCUUGCCAUCCCCCAGCUCAGAAGCUUGAUCUGCAUUCCGAGCUUCCUGUCCCUCAACAUAAGCAAUUGGGAGAGAAACCAAGCUCGACGAUAAGAAAGAAGCUCCCCGCCAAUUUCUUGUCUCCCGUACCUGAAGCUUGAUCCUCACUCACUUACCCACGCGACAACUUCAAAAUGGCUGAGCCAAAGUCAAUUGGCACUCAUACGGAGUCUGAUCCUUCUCAUCAUGAGCAUGGACGCUACAAUACUGGUCACAUUAACUUGAAUUCCAAUGCAGAAGCCAAGAUCCGAAAUCCAUUGGCCGGCAUUCCCCAUGCGACGCUCCUUAAAGAUGUCGAAGAAUUUGCGCAAGAGAAAGGUCUCAUGGACUCCCUGCCACUCCUUCAAAAAGGCGCUCUCGUUGCUAGCGAUCCCCAAAACUAUGAAGAUAUCACCGGCACCCACGCAUUGACACCAACAGAAGUUGAUGACCUCCGGAACGAAGUUCUACACAAAUGGCGCCAGCCAACGGCUUUAUAUGUCACAAUAUUUACCUGCUCCAUUGGAGCAGCUGUACAAGGAUGGGAUCAAACUGGUUCGAACGGAGCCAAUUUGUCUUUUCCAAAAUACUUUGGUAUCGGUACCGAAUCAAACCACGAUACUCUACUCGUCGGUCUUGUCAACUCUGCUCCUUAUAUUGGCUCGGCUUUCGUUGGUUGCUGGCUCUCUGAUCCCUUGAACUUCUACCUUGGUCGUCGAGGAACUAUCUUCAUCGCUGCCAUCUUCUGUUUCGUCCCUGUGAUCGGCUCGGCUUUCACUCAAACUUGGGUUCAACUCUUCAUCUGUCGUCUCCUGCUCGGAUUCGGUAUGGGUGCUAAAGGUUCAACUGUACCGAUUUACGCUGCAGAGAACAGUCCAGCUUCUAUCAGAGGAGCUUUGGUCAUGUCCUGGCAAUUGUGGACUGCUUUUGGUAUCUUCUUAGGCUUCUGCGCGAACUUGGCUGUGGCACAUGUAGGAAAGAUUGCUUGGAGACUGCAACUUGGUUCUGCCAUGAUUCCCGCAAUCCCACUGAUCCUGUUCAUUUUUAUGUGCCCAGAAUCACCCAGAUGGUGCAUGAAGAAAAACAAAUAUCAACAAGCUUUCAACUCCCUCCUCAGGCUCCGAAAUAGCCCACUUCAAGCUGCACGAGAUCUCUACUAUAUCCAUUGCCAGCUUGAAAUUGAGAAGGAGAUCAUCGGCAAGAGCAACUAUGUCACGCGUUUCAUCCAACUCUUUACCAUUCCUCGUGUUCGACGAGCAACGUUAGCAUCAUUCACAGUCAUGAUUGCACAACAGAUGUGCGGUAUCAACAUUAUUGCCUUCUAUUCCUCCACCAUCUUCGAGAACUCUGGAUUCACAGACUACCAGGCUCUUUGGGCAUCGUGGGGAUUUGGUCUCAUCAACUUCCUCUUUGCUUUCCCAGCCUUAUGGACUAUUGACACGUUUGGACGACGAGCACUUCUCCUCUUCACUUUCCCGAAUAUGGCUUGGUCGCUGCUCGCAGCUGGCCUCUGUGCUUUGAUCAGUACAAAAAUCACUGCUCAUUUGGCAUUGGUCGCCAUGUUCAUCUACAUCUUCGCCAUGUUCUACUCCCCCGGUGAAGGACCAGUUCCGUUCGCCUACUCAGCUGAAGUCUUCCCUCUGUCUCAUCGUGAGGUCGGUAUGGGCUGGGCUGUCGCAACUUGCUUGUUCUGGGCCUGUGUCUUGACUCUCUUCUUGCCGCUCAUGCUUGCGGCCAUGACUCCUACCGGUGUCUUCGGUUUCUAUGCUGGAACUAAUAUCGUUGCUCUGAUCAUGAUCUUCCUCUGGGUACCAGAAACCAAACAACGUACCCUCGAAGAAUUGGAUUACAUCUUCGCUGUCCCAACCCGCACUCACAUGCGCUACCAAAUCACCCAAGCUCUUCCCUACUUCAUCAACCGCUACAUCCUCCGCCGCCCCAACACUGUUCUCGAGCCAUUAUAUCACUUCGAUACCAGCAGCAACGACCAAGAUAGAAUCGAGGCUAUGUACGAGGCUGAUAGAGUCAGAGCAGAGAAGAAGAAUGGCAUCAAUGGCAAUGGAAGUGGAAGUGAUGUCCAAAUUGAAAACCAGAAUGAUGUGCAAGACGGAGAACAGAUCAACGAGAAGAUCUAGAAAAUGGGUUCAAAGGUGGAGGAGGAAAUUUUCAGGGACUUGGAUUGAAAUGGUUGAUUGCAUG